CACAUACGCAUGAUGUUGCACCGAGUCUCCCAACUUGGGUCGUCAACGUUCGUUUCGAUCAUUAGUUUUCACUUUCUCGUCGAUCUCAACACACGGGUCAGCGAGUUGAAAGAUUAGCUGAUCUUGUUCCAUGGGGGAUUCGUCGUCUGCUUCGUAUAUUCACAUGGUCCAUCACCUGAUAGAGAAGUGUUUGAUCUUUCGGAUGAGUAAGGAAGAAUGCAUGGACGCCCUCUCCAAGCAUGCAAAUAUCAAACCUGUCAUUACCUCCACCGUGUGGAAUGAACUGGAGAAAGAGAACAAGGAGUUCUUUGAGGAAUAUGCACAGUCUCGAAGCAAAGACGAUCGAAUGUCGGAGGAAGAGACGAGUCAAAUGAUUCAGAAGAUCAUCUCCUCCUCUGAUUCCACCUCCAAAGAUUCACACCAUGACGGAGACGACGGCGAGGAUGACCAUUCAAACCCAAACGUUUAACAUAUUCUCUCUUAGUAUGGUAGCUACUGCGAAAGCGAUAUAACCUUGGUGUAUAUGUCUUUAGUUGUCUCAAUAUGCCAAAACCACACACACCCCAACGACUCUCUCUCUCUCUCUCUCUCUCUGUGGUGGCCCAUACAAUGUGACGAUGAUCACCAUAUAUCAUUGCAUAUACGGAAGAGCACGGAAGCUGCAAUUGUCCCUAGCUAAUAUGAUGCAUCUGCUUCAAUGAUUGAACUCGUGCUGCAAAUCUUACUGUGUAAAUAGAUUGAGUAAAUGAAAUUAUAAGUUAUGUGUAUAUGUUGUUGUUAAUGGGAUCAUAUCAAGUAGUCAAUUAUGAAA